GAGACGCGGGCGAGAUACAGCGCGUGCUCCAGAUAUCUGUACUGCGGUGACGGAGCCCCUUUAGCACCAUGACUGACGUUCUGUGGAUUACCUUCUUUGGAUUAUAACUGGCGAAAGGAAAAGGAAGGGGACCAUGGCGGAGAGGUUGGAAUGGGUGGAGAUCAUCGAACCUCGCACACGCGAGCGCAUGUAUGCCAACCUGCUGACGGGCGAGUGUGUGUGGGAUGCACCAGCUGGUGUGCACAUCAAACGCAGCGGCCCAGACCAGUGGUGGGAACUGUUCGACUCGAACACCUCACGCUUCUACUAUUACAAUGCCUCCACCCAACGCACUGUCUGGCACCGCCCACACGGAUGCGACAUCAUCCCCCUCGCCAAGCUCCAGACGCUCAAGCAGAACACAGACACGCCGCUUCCUGUUGCUUCGGUGAUCAGUGGAUCGGCUGACAGCAGCCCUGCUCGCAGCGCUGUCAGUACCACAUCUUCACAAGAGCAGGAGGAUAAAACAGCUCCCAGAGAGGAAGGAGAGAGUUUCAGAUGGGGAACGACAAGCAAGGACAGGAUGUUGAUUAAAGUAUCUGACAGGGAGCCCAGCUACCUAUCACAGGGCAAUGGUUAUUCCAGCUCUUCCCCACGCUCCAGACGUUCAUCUAGUAACACUCUUCCUGAAUCCGAAACCACUCCCCAUGCUUUGCCCGACCGACGGCAAACACAAUCUCCUUUUUUGAAGAGAGCCGAUUUUGGAGGGACUCAGAGGCGUUGUUCAGGUGACUCUCAGCCUCCUUCGCCACGCUACGCUUAUGAACCCCCGCUCUAUGAGGAGCCUCCUUCUGAGUACCAGUCCCCGCCUAUUUAUGAAGAACCACCCACUGAUAUGCAUUGUGACCCUGGCCUUUAUGCCUCAGAUAGGUCACCAGCACGCAAGCCUGGCCUUUACCAUUCUCCUAAACAGAGCCCGUCUCCUUAUGGUCAGCUGGUGUUGACCAGACAAAGAGGCUCCACUCCUGAGAAGAUCUCCAACCAAGCAGAGCGGGACUACAGUUUUAGUGGGCGGGAUUAUAGUUCUGCAGGGCGGGACUAUAGCUCUAGUGGACGGGACUACAGCUCAGGUGGGCGUGAUUAUAGCUCCGGUGGGCGGGAGUACAGUGCAGCAGGGAGGGAGUAUGUCAAGCAGCUUGUGUAUGUAGAACAGUCAGGGUCUUCUCCCAGGUUCCGGACAACAGACCGUUUUUUAAACUACGGGAAAGCUGCACAGGGUGGUCUACCUGCCGGUAUGUGUUAUGGUGGCUCUUUUACUCUCCAGCAUAGCCACGAUGGUGGUGGCGGUAAUCGAAAACGUAAAAAUCGCAAGCCCUCCUUGCCUGGAGGGGAGGGAGAGAGUCUUGGGGCAGGAGUAGGAGCAGUACACACACAAGCACUGCUCGCCUGGGAAGCGCAGCAGCUCAUGCAACAGCGUGGAGGUGGUGCCUUGGGAGGCAGUACUAAGGAUGGGUAUGAAAGCGAUGGUGCAACACCUUUGCCACUGCCAGGUCCUGUGGUACGGGCAUUCAGUGAAGACGAAGCUCUGGCUCAGCAGGACUGCCACUGGAAACGCACCACAUUAGACAGACUUGCGUUUCCUCAAACGCUGUUAGAGAAGAGUCUGUCUGUACAAACUAACCUGGCAUCACCUGAGCCUUACCUGCAUCCCUCACAGUCAGAAGAUCUUGGUGCAUGCUCACAGUUUGAGGCGAGCCGGAACGCUCGGAACAUGAUGCCCAGUGCUAGUUGUGGUGUAUUUCCGGAAUUUUCUCUCCGAAAGCCCUCUUCCGAGACCGACAUUGAGAACUGGGCAUCUAAGCAUUUCAGUAAACAUACACAGGGUCUGUUCAGAAGAAAGGUAUCUAUUGCAAACAUGCUGGCCUGGAGCAGCGAGCCUAUUAAAAAGCCAAUGAUUCACACAAUGGACCGUACAGUCAAACGUGAGGCUGUGGAGCUCUUCAAGUACAUCCAGACCUACAUGGGGGAUCGAAAGGGCAAAAACGAGCCUCUGGCUGUGGCUCUGGAGAUUGCAGUACGUGGUUGGAGCAACCAAGGCCUGCGUGAUGAGCUCUACAUUCAGCUGUGCAGGCAGACCACAGAGAACUUCCGUUAUGACAGCUUACAGAGGGGCUGGGAGCUCAUGGCCAUCUGUCUGGCCUUCUUUCCUCCUACACCGCGCUUCCAUAACUACCUGGAAGGUUACAUUUACAGACACAUCGAUCCACUGAACGACACCAAAGGAGUGGCUGUCAGCAGCUAUGCGAAGUACUGCUACCGCAAGUUACAGAAAGCUGCACUGACUGGAGCGAAAAAGGGUUUGAAAAAGCCUUGUCUCGAGGAAGUAGCUUACGCUCGAAAUGCCAUCUUUAGCCCCUCUAUGUUUGGCUCUUCUCUGGAAGAAGUGAUGGCGAUGCAGAAGGAGCGCUACCCUGACAGUCAGCUGCCAUGGGUACAGACCCGUCUGUCGGAGGAAGUAUUAGGCUUAAACGGAGACCAAACUGAGGGUAUCUUCAGGGUGCCCGGAGAUAUAGACGAGGUAAAUGCGCUGAAGUUGCAAGUGGACCAGUGGAAGGUGCCAACUGGUUUGGAGGACCCACACAUUCCGGCAUCAUUGUUGAAGCUGUGGUACAGGGAGUUGGAGGAUCCAGUAAUUCCUCACGAGUACUAUGAAGAAUGCAUCUCUAACUAUGACAGUCCUGAAGCUGCUGUCAGUGUCAUCCAUAACCUUCCUCACAUCAACAAACUGGUGCUCUGCUACCUCAUUCGUUUCUUACAGGUUUUUGCUCAGCCUGCCAAUGUGGCUAUCACUAAAAUGGACGUGAGUAACUUGGCAAUGGUGAUGGCCCCCAACUGCCUGCGAUGUCUGUCUGAUGACCCGCGCAUCAUUUUCGAAAACACCCGCAAAGAGAUGAGCUUUAUCCGGGUGCUCAUUCAGCACCUCGAUACUAGCUUCAUGGAUGGAAUUCUCUAGUCCACAUUAUUUACACACUCUCACACACAUACACACACACACACACACACACACACACACGAACACCACAUUCAUAAAGAUUACACAAUCAUUUGAAACCUAAUUGAUGGAAAAGCAAAGCAAAACCCCGGGUCUUUAUAGUCAGAAGUAGAACAGGAGGCAUGAACCCUAAUUACUGCACUGACACACGCUCACAAAAGCACAAAUCCAAUCUGUCGGACACACAGACACAUCCAGACACGUGUAGGAGACGACACAUACAUUCCAUUUUAGCCCCUUUUUAUAAUUUCUGAAUGUGUUUGACUGGAGAUGUGAAUGUAUAGUGCUGUUUCUGUGCGUUCGUUUGUUGAAAUGUGAGUGUUUUUUGUUUUUGUUUUUAGCCGACUGACCUAUAUAACUGUCUAUAACAGUCUAAUUGAUUUUAUAUGAUUAAUUUAUUAUUAUUAUUUUGUAUUUAUUUUAACAGGUGUUUAUAACUACUGCCUUUUGAAACAAAUUGUCAGACUCAUGUCGAGUGUGUGCGUGUGUGUGUACAUGUAAGGACAAUAUGUUUCACGUACUAGUUUUAUUUCAUGGAAAUUGUCACCACACACUUACAUAAUCAUAACCAUUAUAUAUACACAUCAUUUACCCAGCCCCAGACACCUUGACAAAGACACACACACACACACACACACACACUGAUUAGGCCUGGUGCUUUAAAUAAUGACAUAACACAUCGCCUUGCACUACGUCCUCACUUCCCUUCAGGAGAAGUAAGCAAAGGAGAGUGAAAUAGAAAGAAAUAAAAGCUGGAGGGAGAGGCAGGGGGAUUUAUCAAGGCAGACAUUAAAAAAAAACCCUUUUUUUAAUUUUUGUUUGUUUCUUCACUUAUCUGCACAUGAAUCAUGUCAUGAAAGUAACAUUCACCUUCAUCUAUAUCAUGCUAAAAUAUAUAAAAAAAGAUAUUUAAAAAAAAUAUAUAAAAUCCAUUAAAGAAGUAAACACAAAGUGUCAUAUAAAAGAAUAGUGGAAUUUAAAUUUAAAAAAAAAAUUUGCUUAGGUUUGCGUCUCAUUUUAGUAAAAUUGAAACUAUUCUAAUGGAGACUGAAAUAAAGGGAGUCAUGAAUUUUGAAUCGUGGUUCAUUGAGAAUGAUCAGAUCAGAGCUGAGGAAAAUAAAAAGAUUAAACACUGGACAGAUAAGCAUACAAUGAACAGCAUACUCAGAGCAGCAACACAAACCACACGACCACACGUACUUCAAUACACACACACACACACACACGAACACAAACACACACACACACAGCUUACCAGGGACACACACAGGAAAGACAAAAGAAAUGUAGAUCACUGCUGGAACAUUAGCCUGCUCACAGGUCUGUCUUGCAUUUUACAGCUUUUAUUGUUCAUGAAAUCAGGCUGAAAUCCCCUCUCCCUCCUUUUUGGUCUGAGAUCUAAUGGUGACUCUGUAAGGUAGGGUAAGUCUGUCUGAACGUUGUUUAAUAAAACAAUUCCAAAACUUU